AUGGCUGGCUCCUACAACCAGAUUUGUGUGAGGAACAAUGUAGCGGUUGUAUUCGUUGACUACCCACUCGCUCCAGAGUCCAAGUAUCCCGCAGCUCAUGAAAACGCAUUUGCAGCGCUCUCUUGGGUUGUUGAAAAUGGCGACUCCAUAAAUGUUGACGUAAGCCGUCUUGCUGUCUGCGACGACUCAGCAGGAGGCAAUCUAUCUGCAGUCAUUCCAUUGAUGGCGGCCAAAGAACGUGGUCUACCAAGCGCUAUCAAAGCUCAGAUAUUACUUUAUCCCGCGACAGCAGCUUCGCGCGACAAGUACGAAUCUGCAAAGCUUUUUGGCGGCGGCGACUACUAUUUGAAAAACGAAGACGCUAUAUUCUUUGAUAAGGCGUAUUGGAAUGACUGUGAGAAGACAAAGAUCGGAUUCCCAAUGUUGGCGACCACCGAGGAGCUUCAAGGACUCCCACCAGCUCUAAUUUUCACCGCAGAAGCAGACAUUUUGCGUGAUGAAGGUGAAGACUAUGCUCGUCGAUUGACCAAUGCUGGAGUACCUAAUGCCACUGUUCGGGUCAUUGGCGCAAUUCAUGGAUAUGCUACUGUUCCUGUUGAUACACCGGCGUAUGAACAAACCAUGGCCAUGAUUACCAAUCAACUGAGUGAAGCUUUUGAGAAAAAGUGA